AUGCGUGUACACGUGCAACAACAAAGCCCCUCGGUCUCUCAGGUGGUAGAGGGCACCCACCUCCAAAAAUACGACAAGAAAUCGGCCAAGGAAUGGGAGGAAGUCUUUGAGAAGUUUCCUGUUCACUUGCACUGGCUGGUGACGGACGUGACCAGACCCUUGAUGUCCGGCCUCAUCCCUGAUUACCCCAUACACUGCAGCAAAGCUCAACAAUACACAUGGGCCCGGGUUCUCAAGACUGCUCUCGCGUUUGGUCCUGCGAAAUACGUUAGAUGCUAUCACUCCUACGGGGCAAUCGGUGAUGGUCGUCCUACUUCUUCCUCGUCUUCUCCCGAAGACGAAAUCCCACUGUCUCCUCCUACUCUGACAUAUCGAGAGCUUGUGGCAAAUUCCGUUCCUGAUCUUGUUGAACAGGAGCCGUCGGUAUUACUCUUGCCUCCUGGACUAGAGGAACUUUUCUCCGCUCCCCUAAAUAGACCAGGAGACGGUUGUGAGCUAUGCUCCCAUUACAUGAAUGGGCAUUGUCCAGCUUCUUCAGACUUUAUCAAGCGGGUGGCAUAUCUCCGGAAAUGUCUAAUCCAAGUACUGUUGGCUAAGGGCAUUCUUUUUUAA